UUGACUACAACAGUCAUGUGGCUUAGUAUAUAUACAUGGAAGCGCCAGUCUAAUGCACUAGCAAACACGCUCAACUCUAAGGGACACACAAGUCAAAAGCAGCAAGACGCAAUCAUGAAGGUGUUCAUUUUAUUAGCUGUUGCAGCGCUGUCUGGCUGUCAUGCCAAUCUUUUCUAUGCUGAUGCACCCAAGCCACAGCUAGAAGUGCUGACUGAUGCUUUCUGGGAUUACAUUGCCAAGGCCACCCAAACAGCUGAUGACACCCUCCAGAUGAUCAGGAAAUCACAGUUUGGACAGGAAGUCAAUGCCCGCCUGGCAGACAGCACUGACAUAGCCAGCAAGUAUGCAACUACCCUGCAGGAGCAGCUUUCCCCAGCAGCCCAGGACCUGAUGACCAAGAUCACAGCAGAGGCUGAGGUGCUGAGAAAUGUGCUGGCCCAGGAGCUGAGCACUGUCAGGGACAAGCUGGAGCCCUACACCGAGGACAUGAAGGCCCAGAUCCAGCAGAGAGUGGAGCAGCUCAAACAGGAGCUGGCACCAUACGCAGACUCCCUGGACUCUGAGGCCCUGAGGACCACCCUGAUGCAGAAGAGCGAGGAUCUAAAGACCAACUUGGAGCAGAGUGUGAAGGAUCUACAGGCUCAGAUGGGGCCCUACACCGAUGACCUGAAGCUGAAAGUGGACCAGCACUUCCAGAACUUCCAAGAUAGCGUGGCCCCCAUGUCCAAGAAGGUCCAGGUUGAGCUGAGUCAGAGAGCCAAUGUGGUGAAACAGAUGGUGGCCCCCUAUGCUGAGGACCUGAGGGAAAAGCUGGACCCCUACGCUCAAGACCUUCAGGAUCAACUAAUGUCCCUCUAUCAAUCCUUUGUUGAAGGCAAAUAAGUCAACCUCCAAACAUGCUUCCUCAUUCAUCAAGAUGCUGGCCUUGUUUGGUCUACCUCUGUUUGAAGCAUGAAAU